GUUAGAAAAAAAAGCCACAAGAAGCAGUCAAAUAAAGGGUUUUUUUUUUUUAAACAAAGGGCAUAACCCGUAUACGAAUCGGAUCCAGGUUCUAGAAGAUCCGGUUUACAUCUAUCACGUCACUUUUUUUGCUGUUUGAUCUGAUCCAAGAUGACUCGUCGCUGCUCGCAUUGUAGCCACAACGGGCAUAACUCUCGGACAUGCCCGAACCGAGGGUUUAAGCUGUUCGGAGUCCGGUUAACUGACGGGUUGAUCCGGAAGAGUGCCAGUAUGGGGAAUUUAAGCCAAUAUUCCGGGUUGAAUUCUGGGAUGCAUAACAGGAAUGGGUCGGGUGAACCCGGUGAUGGUCCGGAUCAUGCAGACGGUUAUGCUUCUGAGGAUUUUGUACCCGGGUCGUCGUCUUCCAAUCGUGAAAGGAAAAGAGGUAUUCCUUGGACGGAAGAAGAGCAUCGGAUGUUUCUACUUGGAUUGCAGAAGCUUGGAAAAGGUGAUUGGCGUGGAAUAUCGCGCAAUUAUGUUAUUUCGAGGACUCCUACUCAAGUAGCUAGCCAUGCUCAGAAAUAUUUCAUCCGACAAUCGAAUGUUUCUAGGAGAAAAAGACGAUCCAGCCUCUUUGAUAUUGUAACUGAUGAAUCGAGUGACAUUCCGAUGGUAUCACAUGAUUCAUUCUCGGAAAACCCUUCAGAAGCCGAAGCACAGAGCAACGACCAUUUGCCUAUUCCUCCUGCAUUGGACGAAGAAGACGAAACAAUGGAUACCGACAAAUCAAAUGAUGGUGAAAACAUUCACAUUCCUCCGAAACCAGAGACCUCACAACCUCCUUACCCGGCACUAUAUCCUGCUUACUUCCCACCAUUCUUUCCGUUCUCACUUUCAUAUUGGAUGGGUUACAAUACUGAACCAACCAAGGAAAACACACAUGAAGUGGUUAAGCCAAUGGCUGUACAUUCGAAGAUCCCGAUCAAUGUUGAUGAACUGGUCGGCAUGUCUAAAUUGAGUUUGGGAGAAUCAAUUGGUGGUAAUGGCCCUUCUUCCGUUUCGUUAAAACUUGACGGUUCGUCGAGGCAAUCUGCAUUCCAUGCCAAUCCUGUUCCGGGUAAUUCGAGAAUGAAUUCAAGUGGGAGCCCAAUCCAUGCAAAUUAAGACACUAUAGCUCAGGGUUUUUAUGAGCAUUACAGGUUAAUAUGCUGUCUAUGGUUCUUUUUGUGGAUCAAGUGAAUAAGCAUGUUUCUUUUCUUACAAACUUAAUUCAAUGGUUUGGGUUUAGGCGA